AUGUUACCGCUUUUGUUGAGUUUUCCUGAUGAAAUCUUGGUAAACAUCCUUCACUUUCUUGCGCCAGAUGAGCUAGAAAAUAUAUUCUUGCUACGUAAUGAUCCAUCAUUGCCGAAGUCUUACUAUCAAAACCUUGCCUUGUACUCAAAGUUUUAUAAAUCGAAUACCGUGGUUAAAGACGCUCCUAUACACUCAGCACGAAACGCAUCGUAUUUGAACCACCUUACUUUCAAAGAUCUUGAGUACCUAGUGAGGCAUAACAUAUUCAUACGCCCAAAGGAAAUCAAUUUCGUAGUCUGCGGGAGAUUACAAAACCGAGGCUCACUCGAGCUUGAUUCUAAUCUUACUGUACAGAGAGCUUUCCCAUCGUAUGAAACAGUAUUAAAAUAUUCUAGAUACUUCCGGAGCCUAACUACGAAAUUUAAAGUCAAGAUCUUGGUCACACAGGCUCAUCAAGAUGGCGAUACUGGUCACCUUGAUCGCUACAACAACUACAAAGGUGAAAACACGUCGUUUAUGUCGUUUCUAAGGAUAUUCGACUCCAGAAUAAACCAGUUAUCCAUCGAGUAUCGAUUUGGCAGAAAAGAGGAGUUACAAUUUACAAACUUCCAGCUGGAUAUUGCAACGGCUAUUACAGACGACAGUUGCGUGAUAGAUCAUCUCAAGCUCCACAUGUUUGAUUCUGCUGCGCUAGUUUCUAAUCUACAGUCCAAUUCCUGCUUUGUUUGCAAUCAUUUGCAAUCUUUGGAUCUUUCGUACAAUAAUAUGACAGAUUCUGACCUUUCCAAGAUCAGGUUUCCUACCCUGAUAACAAACGUUAAUCUUUCUAAUAACCUCAUCAGCUCCGUUCGCUUUGAGUUGUGGGACAACUUAGAAUCAUUGAACUUAUCCAAUAACCACAUAUCAGAUCUAUCUUCUCUUGGGACCAAUACACCACUAAACAUUAAGCACCUCAAUCUCGCUUGCAAUGAUUUGAAGAGUAACUCUAUUAAAAGCAUUAAUAAUUUGAACAUGCUUGAGACUCUUGAUCUCUCUAGAAACCUAAUCACCUACUCCGUCCAAAUCACUAUGCCCCGUUUAACCAAAUUGAACUUGAGUGGGAACAACUUGAGACACUUGUUCAAGCACCACAUACCAUCUCUGGUCAGUGAAUUAGAUAUAAGCUACUGCAAAGUAAGCGAAAAUCAUGAGAGGUAUAAAAGAAGAAAGCUCAAGGUGAUAGUUGUGUGA